UAUCUGAAUCAUAAUUAUUAAAGAAGCUUAUAGAUAAAAUACCCGUGUAAUACGUUAUUUAAUUAAUACGUUUACUGAAUCUGAUAUCAGAUUCCCUCAGUAGCCAUGGCUAGGUUAACGUUUGUGUGUUUUGUGGCCGUUUUUGGGAUUGCUGCAGCUCUCCCAUGGAACCCAGUCAUCAGCAAGCUGGAGCCAGGGCUACGCUACCAGUACGUGCGCGCGUCAGACGGCGCCCCACGCUUGGAGGACAUGUGGCGGACCGUGGGAGACCUCCGCGAUGAGCCCGAGUACCGCCCCGAUGUGGAGAAUGUGUACCAUUUGUUUACCAGAGAGAACCCGACGCGAAGCCAGCCCCUACUCCUGGGUUCCGUGAACGCGCUUCGAGAGAGCAACUUCGACGCGUCCCGCAAGACCGUCGUGCUGGUCCACGGGUUCCAGGGCGAUGUGGUGGACCCCUCCAACCUGGUUAUACUGCCAGCGGUGCUCCAGGCGGCUGAUGUGAACGUGUUCCUGGUGGACUGGAGCGCGGGCGCCGCCGGGUCGUACCGCAGUGCUGUCGCCAACGUGUUUGUGUCAGGCGAGAGCGUCGGCCGCUUCCUCAACUGGCUCUCCGCCGAGACCGGCGCCUCCGCCGCGGACCUGACGCUCGUGGGGCACAGCCUCGGCGGCCAGCAGGUCGGCGUCAUCGGGAGAAGUGUGGACGGAGAUGUGGGGCAUAUUGCUAGUCUCGACCCCGCUUACCCCGGCUUCGUCCGCAACACGGAGCGUCUGAAACCGACCGACGCUCUCUACACCGAGGUCAUCCACACCGACGUCGGCCUUCGGGGGUACCCGGAGCCGCUUGGAGAUGUGGACUUUUACCCCAACGGGGGUAACAAGAUGCCCGGCUGUCCUGGUGCUGAGUGCAGUCAUGAUAGAGCAUACUACUACUACGCGGAGUCUGUGGUGAGCGGAGGGUUCACCGGCACACUCUGUCGCUCGCACAUCUUCGCUAUUUCUGGCCAGUGCGACUCUGACGUCACUCUGGACAUGGGAGGCCUUGAUGCUAAGACCGGAUUCACCCCUGGAAGCUACUACUUGGAAACCAAUGCCGGUCAGCCUUUCUCCAAGAAUUAAUAAUACUGAUGUAGGAGUUCGGAGAUUUGCCGUAAGAUGGCGCUAACGUGGAUUAUGUGAACGUUUGGAUUUGAUUUCCAAAACUAAUUUGGAGUUGAGAGUCUAUUUUAAAUUAAAAAUAAAUUUAUAACUUAAAA